UUCACCUUUUACUGCAGAUUACACGUCUGAACGAGAAAAAAUUACAAGAAAACACCGAAAAAAAUCAAACGUUGGGACGGAAACACGCAGCUAACGGGGCUAACUGUUAGCUUCAUGCUAACUGAGCGACAGAUCGAAUCAGGAUUCUGACAAUUUUAAAAUCAUGGCGAUGCAGGUGUCAGAAUCCGACCAGAUCAAACAGUUUAAGGAGUUUCUGGGGACGUACAACAAGGUGACGGAGAACUGCUUCAUGGAUUGUGUGAAAGAUUUCACCACCAGAGAAGUGAAGCCUGAAGAGUCGAGCUGCUCAGAGUCGUGUCUGCAGAAAUACCUGAAGAUGACUCAGCGGAUCUCGAUGCGUUUCCAGGAAUAUCACAUCCAGCAGAACGAGGCUCUGGCUGCUAAAGCCGGACUGUUGGCUCAACCUCGCUGAUCCCAGAUCUGAUCCCGGAUCUGAUCCCGGAUCUGAGCCCCGACAUGAGAACAGACUGAAGCUCUGCUGAGCAUGAUGGGAAAUGGAGUUCAAACACAUUCAUGGACAGAAACUGUGGAAUUAUCCUUUAAUGUGGGAUUUUCUUUAUGUUGAAAUGUUUUUUUUAUUAAACUUUGUGACGAUCCGA